AUUUGGAUGAUCUCACGAAAAAGUUGUGUCAAGGUGCCGACAUGAAGAAGCUCCAUGGUUGCAGCACGAUACGAAGAGGUAGCGCCAUCAUCCAUCAUUGGGAAUUUGUUAUCUUGACUUUUGUGAGAGUGGAGCUGCCUUGCUCUUUCAACAUUUCGUAAGGACGAAACAACCGCGACGCACCCGAGAGAUACUUACACCUAUACGCAAUCCAUCCUUGGUAUCAUACACUAGGCAUCAUGCGCAAUGGGUUCCAGUGGAGGCGCAGUAGCCUUCUUUCAGGGUUUUUGUUGGUGCUUCUAUCAGUCGGCAGCGUGAACUCCUUCGGUCGACCUCGCCAUGACCCCAUCAAGCGCCCUGCCGCCGCAACGAGUGGCCGAAAAAAUGUCCGAGAAAGCGACGUCGUUGGCCCCAGGAGCGGUCGAAGUGGUGUACGGACCAGUCUUCAUCACGACGAGGAAGAGGAAGAUGGAGGUGUUGGUCGAAAAACCCACCGCGAAUCCUUCUUUCGCAGCAGCAAGACAAACAGCAACGGCAAUGCAGCCAAGCCACCUCGGAAGAUUGAACCAGAAAAGACCGAACCGGGAACAAAAGACGCAACCGACUUGGAAGUGACGACACGAAGCAGCGACAGCCAAUUCCAUGCCACUCGCACAGAGAAUGGUGGCUCAGGGGCCAUACUUACGCGACACAACCAUGCCGCCAGCUCCAACGCAAUUGUAUCGGUAGAACCAAAAAAAGACAGAACUGCGGGACUAGGAAGAACUUCUUCAGCGGGUGGCACGAGCAGCGGCAAUCCCGGUCCAACCAGCAGUAACACCAAAGGCGAACGACGGGGUAGACCUGGACAAAGUCGAGCCUUUGGCCACGGAAGUAAUAACCAACGCAAUAUUCACCUUGGAAAUCGCGAUAACGACGACAAUCGAAAGACGCGUCGCGGUCUCAAAGCCCGGGGUGGUGUGGGCAGUCUCCAAGUCAAACCUAAUGCCGUCAAAGCGGGCAAGAGAGCGGUUGGUUCCGGAUCCCCCAUUGACUGUUUAGAGCGAGCGGGAAAGAAAUGCAAGCGAGGAGGUGGGGAACAGAGAGCAGGAGAAGUACGAGGACCAACAUUGACGCAGGAAGGCGGUGAGGAAAAGCUGGUCGAACCAGAUUUCUCGUUGGCAGAAGAAGACGCCGAUGAGGUCCGGCAGGAACUUUCUUCAUCUACAAUUGCGUGGAUCCACAAUGUGGGGGGUACUGUAGACGACGCCAGUAAGCGAUUCUAUGGAAGUUCUUCGUCCACCAAAACCGAAUCGACGGCAUCUGGAACAACGGACCAGUCGGCUGGCCUCGUGGAAGUCGAUGCAACUGGGGAAGAAGUGGAUGAGAACGAAAUUGCCGAAGAUCGAAAGGGCAAAGACGUAACCGUUGAGGUCUCUGAGUUUACUCCACGGGCCAUUCCCAACCGGUAUGGAGGAGUUCAUAAUCAGCACUCUACCUACAUUGGCCAAAACACUCAACAAGGGCAAAUUCAGCAGACUGGCAACCAAGGCCAGCAAUUACCUUACGUGAAUCCCAACUCCCAAGGCCAACAGGGUGGCAACCAAAACCAAGACUUCACCAGUUUCCAGUCCGGCAACCAAAUGCAAAACUAUGCCUACCCCCUUCCAAGCAACCCCAACGAGCAAAAUCAAAAUCAACAGCAGGCCAGCACCCAGAGCCAAACUGUACAAUCAGCAACAGGAGGACAAGGGGGGCAAGGAGGGCAAGCUGCGGGAGACCAACCGGCUUGGGUGGCUGGCUACUACCAGCAGAAAGGUUCCAUUUACUCAGAUCACCCAGCAGAAGAGUCUACUGCUCAAGAGCAACCACAGAACGUUGGUGCAUCGGGCGGUGCUUCAGGUUCUGGAACCCAGUUACAGUCGGUAAGCUCUGUAACAGCGGCCGUUCAGAGUACCAAUUCUCAACAACCUGAAGCAACCGAAACUGAAACAUCUGCGGCAGAGGACACUGGUAGUGGUUUUGACCCAGACGGCCCUCCUGGGGACUCUAGUGCAAAUGCGUACGAGUUCUACAAGGAAUGGUUCCAGGAUAUUGAUGAAAUGGACACUGGUGGGGACGGAGGCGAAGGCGAUGGCUCAGAUGUUGGGUUCUAUGCUGAAGACGACGGCACAAACCAAGAUGCUUUUUUUGACGAGGAUGAUGAAGUCGACGAAAACGUGGAAGGCGGCGAUGGCACAGAGUCAGAUUUUUCUUCCUUUUUUGAUGACGAGGAAGAUGAGGACUACGACGAGGAUGGAGAUGGAAUGGGGGGAGGUCAAGGGGACAUCGACCCCACCGCGUCAGUGGUUCCCGGACCCUAUCUUUCGUUCUUUGGGAGCUCCACGUUGGCCCCCAUUGUUUUUCCGUCAGAAAACGGCACAAUAGAAGCAGCCGGUGCCACGCAAGUCACAGGAGAUCUUAGCGGCAACAAUCCAACGCUGGUGCCAGCAGGAAUUGACCAAACGAACGGAAGCGCCCAGCCUCCAUCGACAAUAACAGGUACCGAAACAACUCUGCUGGAGCAAGACUCGACAUCUACACUUCAAACUGAAGACGAAGGCGGCACAACCUUUUUUUACGAGACUGUUGCAGCAUCUCCAGUGUACGUUGAAACAACAGGAUUGUCGGAUUUGCAUGCGCACAAGGAGGAAGUGUUCCAAAGCCUAGAGCCAUUGCUCAGUCGUCAUUUGGAAUCGUUGUUUGGCGAAAACUUCAUCGAGAGUUACCAGAUGACAAUAACGUAUGUUAGGUCCGAAGACUCGGUCCACCAGCUACGACGAGGAUCAGAUGCUAAGACCUUUGUGACACAACUGGUUGUCUUCGUUGUGUUCCAUUUGCGUACUCUGAGCGAGGAUGACAUAUCCAUCUUCACGGAAACGGUUGCAUCCGAGGCAGUUGAGCAGUUCUUUGAUGAAUCCAACCCCGAGCUCAAGUCAUUCCUUCGCAUAUUGAAUGCCAAGGGGUUGAAUGUCCGAGAAAUCCACGCACAAGGCCAGCCUCAUCCACCUAGAAACCAUGCCAUGGAGCAUGGUAUUUCUCACAUAACGCCAUCGAAUACCACCGCACCACCUGAACCUGAAGCACUUGAGGAAGAAGCAGAUGAGGGUGUAUGGAGCUUCUUUACCAACCUCUUCGAAAGCGUUGGGCCGAGAGUUGCUAUCAUUGCUGCCGCUGCCAGUGGAUUGUUUGUCGUGGUUGCGGUUGCUGCGGCUGUCUGCUACAAUAAGAGUCGUCGUCGGCGUCUUGCCGGACGUGGGCGUUACAUUCUCGACAGUGCCAGUGACGUCGCAAGCGAGUACGGAUCCCGCGCUCAGCACUCGAUUCAAUCUAUGAAAUCAAGGAUCCAGCAUACCGGUAGUCGAGCCAGCGGAUACUUGAGUUUUGGAACAAAAUCGAGCAGCGGUUCCUCGGUGAUGUCUGAUGCUUCAUCCAAACUGAGCUACAUCCAACCCGCAGCUAUUCAGCGGCGCAAGAACCGUGUCAUCUCUGUACCACAGGAGGACGACACACCGCUACAAGGGCGCCAAGACGACGACUUUGGCAUGGAGGGAAACAAACCCGAAAGCGUUUACGAUAUAGACAUUGAUGAUGAAGACGACUUUCGGGGCGUACGCCACCAAGCGAAACACAAGAAACGUGAAAUCGAUAUCGCGCAAGACGAAGACGAAGACGUCGACGAGGAAAGCGACAGUAGCGACAGCAGCGAUGAUGACACGAUCAGCCGUCAGAGCAAACUGAGUUUAGAUCGAAUUUCUAUUGCCAGAAGUUCCAAGAAGAUCGCCGAGCCAGUGAGGAAGCUCAGGCCAGUCCAGGAGAGACGGGUUGAACCACCGAGAAAGCUCAAGGUCACUCAAAAGAACCGCGUAGAACCGGCAAGGAGAAAACAAAAAGUUGUCGACAAGAAGCGUUACAUGCCUGCGGAGACGUUUGAGGAUGAUCAUGAUGAUGACGAGUAUGAUGCUGCUGACCUGCACGACGAUGAAUUUGGAGCCGAACAAGGGAGUGUUCACAUCCUGAAAUCCGUUAGCAGGGCCAGCAGCCACAGCGAGAGUAGUCGCGGGGAUCCCGACAGUUUUGUCAAUAGUGUGCCUGUCUACGAUGUAGAAUCCAUCGCGCAGUCGUCCAUGACAAGCGCGUCCAAGAGCAUCUACCGUCGCGACGCAGAUGACUACCUGAUGACGCAGAAAUCCUUCGUCCCGCUUUCUCCUUUAUCUUCACUACUGGCCGAAGCCAUGGGCGAAUCACCCAAGUCACUGACACACACCGCCAGUAGGCCUCGAUCUCCACCCAGGGCUCGACGCCGCGGGAUGGACCCCCCUCCGAGUCAUUCCUACACCACUGACAACUACCACUACGGAUAUCGCAUAACCCCUCCCUCGUCUAUGCAUGAUAUCAUGCCUGAUGAAUACAUAAACAAAAAGCGGUGGCAAGAUGACGAAGAGGACACGACAGUGAAUCUUCCGGAUCAUGUCUCCUCUGGAGCGACUCAAUACUCAAUGUCGACGAGACACUCGAACACCGAAAGCUCGUACAUGUCAGGGAUGACAACUGAGCGGCAGCUUGUGGUAUACGAAGGCGAAGAACAGGGCAAGAACGAACAUUAUCGAUACUAGCUAGCAAGCUUCAGUUCUUGGUUACAGCUCUGAGUGCGAGACGACAACUACUCGCAUGCAUGCUUGGAAGAGGGAACCACGGCGCCCCAAGCAUGCACAAAUACAUCCCCGGCAAGCAAGCAAAAGAAUCGAAUCAAGAAAAUUCCUGAAACUACCUUCCUACUUCCAAACGGAUGGUCCUGCCAGCCAAAUUCCAUUUCAUUAGACAAUAAGGAGUUAGCUAGUAGUAUGAAAUGUAUAUCACUAACAAUAGUAGGUGGUUACU